ACUUCGCCCUUUCGCAAAAAUGAACUUCAAAACCCUCUCUCUGUUUGCCUUCUCUUUUAUUGCUCUCUACUUCACGGUGGCAAAUGCUGCUACUAUUAACAUCCGAAACAACUGCCUCACGGUCUGGGCAGCAGCCGUGCCCGGUGGUGGCAGGCAGCUGGACAGCGGUGGAGUCUGGGACAUAAACGUGAACUCCGGCACCACAGGAGCUCGUGUCUGGGCUCGAACCAAUUGCCAAUUUGAUGGAGCCGGGCGUGGCAGCUGCCAAACAGGAGACUGUGGGGGGCUCCUCGAGUGCCAAGCCUAUGGUGCGCCCCCCAACGCCCUGGCUGAAUACGCACUAAACCAGUUCAAUAACUUGGAUUUCUUCGAUAUCUCUUUAGUUGAUGGAUUUAAUGUUCCUAUGGACUUUAGUCCAACUUCUGGGGGGUGCACCAGGGGUAUUACAUGCAAGGCAGAUAUCAUAGGGCAGUGCCCUAAUCCACUGAAAGCCCCGGGUGGGUGCAAUAAUCCUUGUACCGUUUUCAAGACUGAUCAAUAUUGUUGCAAUUCUGGGAACUGUGAUCCAACAGAUUACUCCAAGUUCUUCAAGGAUAGGUGCCCUGAUGCUUACAGUUACCCCAAGGAUGAUCAAACAAGCACAUUUACUUGCCCUGGUGGGACUAAUUACAGGGUUGUGUUCUGCCCUUGA